AUAUUUUUGAGACCACAACUGUGAAACGGUGCCAAGGCCACAAGAUACAUACUGAAGUUGCGGUCUGGAUAAACCGAAGCACUGUGGUUGCUCAUGAAAUCUUCUUAAUGGCCGCGGCCCUCCACCACCACCACUUCCGCCACUGCUCGUUCGUCUCUCCGUUAUCAAGAAAUGCACUGACAGUAAGGAGACCAAAAGCAUGGCUGCUCACUUCUCCGGGAAAAUCUGGCCUUUUCCAGCUCUCUUGCUCUUCUUCUUCCACUUCGCCGCCUCCUUCGCCGUCCUCUCCGGAAGUCAGUGCCUCCGCUGCCACGGCUGAGUCAUGCGUCAACUUAGGUCUUUCCCUCUUUUCUAAAGGACGGGUGAAAGAUGCUCUGGAGCAGUUUGACAAAGCACUUACUUUAGAGCCCAACCCUGUGGAAGCUCAAGCUGCACUUUAUAACAAGGCUUGUUGUCAUGCAUACAGAGCGGAAGGUAAGAAAGCAGCUGAUUGUUUGCGCCUUGCUUUGAGAGAAUAUAAUCUCAAGUUUGGCACUAUCCUCAAUGACCCCGACUUGGCUUCCUUCAGAGCAUCUCCUGAAUUUAAGGAAUUGCAGGAAGAGGCUAGGCUAGGUGGGGAAGAUAUUGGGUACAGUUUCAGAAGAGACCUCAAGCUCAUCAGUGAGGUCCAAGCUCCAUUUCGAGGGGUUAGAAGAUUCUUCUAUGUGGCAUUUGUUGCAGCUGCAGGAAUAUCUACGUUUUUCACUAUACCAAGGCUAAUCCGCGCAAUUCAAGGUGGAGAUGGUGCUCCUGAUAUCUGGGAGACGGUAGGAAAUGCUGCAAUCAAUAUUGUCGGUAUUGUUGUUAUCGUGGCUCUGUUUUUGUGGGAUAACAAGAAAGAGGAGGAACAGAUUGCACAAAUAACACGGGAUGAAACCCUAUCAAGGCUUCCUAUACGCCUUUCAACUAAUAGGAUUGUUGAACUUGUCCAAUUACGCGACACCGUGAGACCUGUUAUUUUGGCUGGGAAGAAAGAGACAGUCACUCUGGCCAUGAAAAAUGCUGAGAGGUUCCGCACUGAGCUACUUAGGCGAGGAGUCCUUUUAGUCCCGGUUGUUUGGGGUGAAGGACAAGAACCUCAGGCACAGAAAAAAGGCUUUGGUGUUUCCCGAAAGGCAGCUUCUUCUCUACCUUCUAUUGGGGAAGAUUUUGAGAAGCGAACUGAGUCGGUAAUUGCACAAUCAAAAUUAAAAGCAGAGAUUCGUUUCAAGGCAGAGGCGGUGUCACCAGUUGAGUGGGAACGGUGGAUUAGAGAUCAGCAGAAGUCUGAAGGUGUUACUCCUGGUGAAGAUGUCUAUGUUAUUCUCCGUCUAGAUGGCCGUGUUCGAAGAUCUGGGAAGGGAAUGCCUGAUUGGGCACAGAUUGUUAAGGAGCUACCUGAAAUGGAAGCGCUGUUAAGCAAACUAGAAAGAUAAACAAUAAUCGCUUUGUUAGUUAACCGAGCGAACCAUAGAAGCACAUUAGACUCACCAAUUUGCAGCACGCUUUUGGAGGUGAGAUUCGCAGUGCUUUCUUAUUUUUCUUCAACAUGCCCCGACGCAAGAAAGGCUUUUCGUGCCAGACUUUACACUAAACCAUAUGCCUAGAUGCCUGUUUGAGUUCUUGCAGUAUUGUUCUCUGUUCUUUACAAAUGCUCAUUGUUGUAAAUUGACAACAUUGGUUAAACAUACUAGGAAGCAAGAUGGUAAUAUUAGCAUGGAACUAAUGUUGUCUGUCCA